CGGAAGUAGGGAAUGUGGAGUGAAGGUCGAGCUGCGGAGGGAUUGACUUCUGAAGACUCAUGUUCCCCGAGGAGGAAGCCCAGGAGAGGAGGAAGAGGACAGAAAAGGACUCGAGAAUGGCCCCUUCUCAGAUGUCUCUCACAUGCAUGUGAUCAAGAAAUUACGAACAAAAGCAAACAAUGAUAGAGGAGAAGUAUUCCAAACAGUGAUACUGGGAAGACAUGAAUGGAAUGAAAUGAGACAUUUUUACCGCAGGGAAAUCCAGGAAAGUAUGUAUGACUUUGAGUCUCAGCAGAGAGAUGAGGAAAGAAAUUACAAAGGAACGUCUAUAUCCCAUAACGGAAAUCUCACUGAUGAGGGAGAUCAACAUAAUGGAUGUGUUGGGGGGAUCAGCCCUCUUGAAAACUGGCUUACGUUACACUUCCAGCACGAACUGGAUAUUUUUAAAAGUAAAGAGAAAACUGAUGCAUUUAAUCAAGCCGAGAAGAGUAUCAGCAGUAGUCCUUCAUCUUCACCACUUCCAGGAAUUUCUCCUGGUGUCCAAACCAACAUGUCUGACGCACAUGGGAGUGAUUUUAUGCGCCCUUCAAUACUGAAACAAAACCAGAGUGCACACAGGGAAAGACCUUACAAGUGUAGCGAGUGUGGCCAAAGCUUUCCUCAGCGCUCAGCCCUCACGCGACAUCAGGUGAUCCAUACAAGAGAGAAAAUAUAUAAAUGUGAUAUAUGUUGCAACAUCUUUAGUAGAAAUUCAGAUCUUGUAAUUCAUCGGAGAAUUCAUACUGGAGAGAAUCCUUACAAAUAUAACAAGUUUGGCAAAACCCUUAAUCAUGGCUCCCACCUCAAUGGACACCAGAUCAUCAAUACAGGAGAGAAAUUAUAUAAAUGUGAUAUAUGUGGAAAAGUUUUUAGUCGCAAAUCAUACCUUUCUAGACAUGGGAGAACUCAUACUGGAGAGAAACCUUACAAAUGUAAUGAAUGUGGCAAGGACUUUGGUCAAAAUUCAUACCUUGCUAGACAUCGUAGAAUUCAUACUGGAGAGAAACCAUACAAAUGUAAUGAGUGCGGCAAGGCCUUUUGUCAAAAAGGAAGCCUUGUAUGUCAUUGGAGAAUUCAUACUGGAGAGAAACCUUACAAAUGUAAUGAGUGUGGCAAGGUCUUCAGUCAAAGUUCUACCCUUGUCAGUCAUCAGAUAAUUCAUACUGGAGAAAAACAGUACAAAUGUAAUGAGUGUGGCAAAACCUUUUAUUUUGGCUCACACCUCAUACAACAUCAAAUAAUCCAUUCAGGAGAAAAACCAUAUAAAUGUGAUGUAUGUGGGAAAGUCUUUAGUCGAAAUUCAGACCUUGUAAUUCAUGGGAGAAUUCAUACUGGAGAGAAACCUUACAAAUGUAAAGACUGUGGCAAAAUCUUUAAUCACAGCUCGAACCUCAGCAGACAUCAGCUAAUCCAUACAGGAAAGAAAUUAAGUAAAUGUGACAUUUGUGGCAGAGUCUUUAGUUUUAAUUCAUACCUUGCAAGACAUCAGAGAAUUCACACUGGAGAGAAACCUUACAAAUGUAAUGAGUGUGGCAGGGUCUUCAAUCGAAAUUCAAUUCUUGUGAGUCAUCGGAGAAUUCAUACCGGAGAGAAACCCUACAAAUGUAACGACUGUGGCAGCUGCUUUAGUCGAAAGGCUUACCUUGUAAAGCAUCAGAGUGUUCAUACUAAAGAGAAACCUUACAAGAAUAAAGAACGUUGAAAAGCCGUUACUCUGGUCUCAACUGUCACUACACAUCAGGGCAUAAAUACAGAGGGGAAACCAUAUUAGUGUGAUGUAUGUGGGAAGGUCUUCAUUCCAGUUUGAAACUUCAAAUUCAUGGGAGAUUCACAGUGGGGAGAAACAGAGCACAUGAUGAGUGUGCCAAAGCCUCAGUUAACAGAAGAAAAUUCAUAUGGGAGAGAAACGGUAGAAAUGUAAGGACUGUCUUAAAAGUCCUUAGUCACAGUUCAUACCUUAAGGUUGACCAAAGAUUCAUACUGGAGAGAAACCUUACAAAUACAAUGAGUGUGGCAAAUCCUUCACUGUACUUUGAAGCCUGCCUUACCAUUAGGUAAUCUGUAUUGGUGAGGGACUUUAAGGAAGUUUUAGCAGGUGUCCACAUCUUAGGCUUCAUCAGAAAAAUCAUCCUGGAGAGAAAUCAGAUAAAUGAUCUUAGUAUGACCAGGCCUUUAGAGAAGGAAUUCAUUCACCAAAUAAUUCAUUCUGGGAUACUUCAUAAAUGCCACGAAAUGGGAAAAAUCUAUACUCGGGCUCACAUCUCAUCAGUCAUCACGUAAUCCAUACUGGACAGAACAUUACAGAUGUACGGAAUAUGGCAAAGUUUCAAAUUAGUGGUCAGUCAUCACUGGAUACUAGAAUAUUUAUCCUGGAGAGAAGCCACGCAGGUGUAAUGUGUGUGGCAAGGAUUUUACCCCAAGUUCACAAGAUGGGAUCGUACUGGAUCAGUACCUUACAAAUGCAGUGAGUGUGGCAAAAGCUUUAUCAUGAGUUCAAGUAUUAGGCAACAGUGAAUAGUCCAUUGAAGAGAAAGCAUACAAAUAUCUGAGCAGAGGGUUUAUCCAGGGUUCACAGCGCACUGGCCGCCUCAGUGUACACACAAAGCAGUAUGUGUGCCAAGGCUUGUACCUGAGCAUUAAAGCUGUAGAGCAGAAUUUGUGUUGGAGAGCAGUGUUCCAAAUAAAAUGACCAUAGCAGUUUUCACCAGAUAUCCACACCUGGUGUCAUGGUAGAAUUCAUGCAGGUCAGAAACUAGAGAUGUACUGAAGGUGGAAGGAAAUGAAUGAAACAGCGCAUUUAGGAUUCACCGAAGAACUCAAACUGGGGAGAAUCCUUACAGAUGUAAUGAAUCAGGUAACUGUUUUCAGCAAUUCCUAAAUCAGCCUACACAUCAGGAAGUCUGUACUAUGAAUAACCAGUCUGUGGUUCUCCGGGAUGAAUCUGAGAAGUUACAUGCUGCGGAAGCAUCACUAGUCACAGUGUGCUGAAACUUCCGAGGUGGUGGGUCUGUGAGAGGAAGAAGGGUGUGUGUGGAAAUGGCCCAUUAUCUUCUGUGUAUAAAUAUUCAGUUAUUUGAGUUUUCUUGCAAAGGCUAAAUUAUUGUUUAUGCCUUUCCACAUGAAGUUUGAUGCCAGUUGCUGUAUGUCAUCAUUACAGGCCUUUCAUGAUGGUCUCUGGGAAGGAAUAAAAUGAGGGGUCGAAUCCAUUUGGUGCAGUUCAUUCACAUCUGUGUUCCUUGGAAAAACUCAGACCCUGGAUUGUCAGAUUCAAUAGUGUAUGAAUUAGGGACAGGGAUGUGCAGAGAAUAUUGUAAAGCUGUGACUUGACUCAUCACACUUACUGUGUUCGGGGUGCUCGUCCAUAGAUUGGUCACUGUGGGUUACAGACAGAAUGCUCUACCCUCUGACCAAGAGGGACGUUAAGCGCCUGGGGCUUUCAUGGGAGGAGAGUGACAGGUUACUAGGGGCUGAUUAUGUGGUAGGAGCAUUGCACAGGAAGAAUUGGUCACUCCAUUGCAUGGGAAGAGGUGUUGUAUACAUUGAUGUUUAAUGAAAAAUUAGCUUUAUUCUUGGAAAUUGAAGGGAGAGCAGGAGCAGUUAAAGUGAGGGGGAAAUUUGGGGGGAGGGUAUAGCUCAAGUGGUAGAGCACAUGCCUAGCAUGUAUGAGGUCCUGGGUUCAGUCCCCAGUACCUCCUUUAAGAAUAAAUCAAUCAACCUAAUUAUCCCCCCCCCCAAACCAUAAGUAAAUAAAUGUUACUGUUCAAAACAUUAAAUUUUUUAAGUGAGGGGGAAAUUUAAUUACCGGGCUAGGCUCUUGGGGGAUAAGCUUUUGUUUUGAACUUCCGGUUUGUAUGAGAGGAAGACGCCCUCAGCCUUUAUUUGCUUGCCCCGAUAGGCUGAACAGGAAGAGGUGGUCCUGAGGAUUAAAAGCUCUCAAUAAUCAUCCAUGAAAAAUGGAGUCAGAUUAUUUAAUAAAGCACUGAAUGUUUACUCUUGAAA